UGCAAAGCUCGCCCUUCUUUUGCGGCCUUCUUACUGGAGCAGUAAGGAAACUCCCAAAGCGUUUAGCCUGAGAAACUGCUCCGCUAUACCUAGGUUUAUCAUGUGCUGCGUUUCCGCUGGUUUCGACAGUGCUGCUUUUCGGGAGGCCUUGCCGGUUUUCUUCCACCCGCUAACCGGCAAAGAUGGCUGUCACACUGCACACUGAUGUUGGGGAUAUUAAAAUAGAGUUAUUCUGUGAACGAACACCCAAAGCUUGUGAAAAUUUUCUGGCUCUCUGUGCGAGUAGCUACUACAAUGGCUGUACUUUUCACCGGAAUAUCAAAGGCUUUAUGGUUCAGACAGGAGACCCAACUGGUUCUGGGAAAGGAGGAAACAGUAUUUGGGGCAGGAAGUUUGAAGACGAAUACAGUGAAUACUUAAAGCACAGUGUCCGUGGAGUUGUUUCCAUGGCAAACAAUGGUCCGAAUACAAAUGGAUCUCAGUUCUUUAUCACCUAUGGCAAACAGCCACAUCUUGACAUGAAAUAUACUGUCUUUGGGAAAGUAAUUGAUGGCUUGGAUACACUGGAUGAGUUGGAGAAGCUGCCUGUAAACGAAAAGACAUUCCGCCCCUUGAAUGACAUCCAUAUUAAAGAUGUGACAAUUCAUGCUAACCCUUUUGCUCAAUAGCUCCAAUGGACCAACUUUUUUAAUUUGAACAUUUCACAGGAGAGAAAUUUCAAAUGUUGAUGUUCAAAAUGUUUAAAAUCAAACUAUAUUUUUAAUGUUUGUCCUGUAAUCCAGACAGUGUAGCUGGAUUGAUUGCCAUCUCCCUUUUUUAAAAUUCAACAUCAUCAAGAAUACCACAGACGGCUGAAGAUCUCUUUUGGAAAAAGCAGUACAGAAGGCUAGCUUGGGUACCUGGCAUCAUAAUAUUUUUUUAAAAUCUAUCAGGAAUCUCCAAUGUCAACCAACUGGAGAGCUGAUCAAUAAACAAUGCUAGUGGAUAAAUCUGUGUUAACAAAGGUUCAUUCAAGGAAAAGGCAUUGCCAGUUGGAUGACCAAAAUAAAGAUGUAUGAAU